AUGUCAGAUGAGGAAAAGCAGGCUUUAACAGAGGAGAGCCUUCUGCUGCAACGUCUACGAUUGCUCAAUGAGCAUGAGGAGGCUGUCUUGCGUGCCCAACUCAGAGAUGUAUGCUUGGACAAACGGGCGCUGAUAUCCAGAGUCAGCAAAAUGGAGGAUGCUCAGAGAUACCUCAGCAAACGCGCAUGGUUCGCGUUCAUCCUGGGCGCUGUGGGCAUGUUCCUGCUAGCCUAUCAGACUGACUGGCUACCUGUGGGCCGUGUAUAUGAAGCAACGCAGAAAUCGGUGGCUGGGACAUCCUUCGGGCGCUUUGUGAACGACACGUACAGUGCGGUACUUCCCGAGGUUCUUGGUGCGAGCGAUG